AUGCCUUCAUCACAAAAUCAUCCGGUUUCUUUUACGAAGAGCGGUUCUGAACAAGAUGAAUGGCCGAUUCUUAGCACAAACGACCACGAGCUUCUGUCCCCACGCGAAGCGCAGAGCCCAGAUCCGACGAUGAAUAAAACUGAGCGCAGUAAAGCUGUCAGGCGAUUCACCGGGUUUGCUUCCAUCAAACGAAAUAGCGACAGGUUCUGGAAGGUGUGGGAUGUAUACGUGAACAAGCCCUGGAACAUGUACGUCUUGGUCAUCAUUGGCACCCUCUUCGCCGUUGGUCAUCACCUAUUCUAUCUUCAUCUCGAUGGCAAAGAAGCUAUCAACCAGUCUAUGAUGCUACGCUACGGCACGGUCAUCGCAUUUUUUGCUAAAGCUAGUCUCGGUACAGCCGUUACUAUCGCCUUUCACCAAAGAGCAUGGAGGGUAGUCCGGUUCAAAACAGCUCGGGUUGAGACCAUCGACUCGAUCUUCACUGCCAACACGGACUUCUCCUCUCUCUUGACGUGGAGCUCUAUUCGGAAGGCUAAAAUCGGGACUCUUCUUGCGCUUUACUGUUGGGUCACUCCUUUGGUUGUGAUAUUAACAUCAGAAACUCUCUCGGUCGUGGUCGGGGUGUUUGAAGAAACAACUACAUGUCAGUCUGUUCGGACUUUGAACUUUGAGAACGAGGAGAAUGUGUAUUGGCGGGAUCCUCAGAAGAUAGAUGACCAGUUUCUGAUCUCCCUGUCUUUAUGGAAUUCGACAUUUGACUAUGAUGAGAGUCCUUCGGACUCGGAGGCGGAGGGCUUUGACUAUUACCAUAGUUCAAGCAAGCAGUUCGAUAUGUUGAUUGCCACCAAAACGGCAUUAAUCGGUGAGCCCAUAGUUCGAAAGGAAUCGGGUGUUGAGAUCUGUGGACAGGGCUGGAACUGCUCCUAUGUCGCCAACUUUGUUGCUCCUGGUUACAAGUGCCAGGAGUUAGCAUCAGGAGUAGAUUCCGAAGUCAAAAAGCUUGGGAAUGCUACAGCGCCCUUCAACACCUCUGUGAUAGCGCCAAUGGGGAAUCGAACAUAUUAUGCCAUCAACGACCGAGGUGAAUAUGGCGAUCCUCAGAUGCCAUCUCAUGCGGGGGGAAGGCCGAAGCAAGAUCCUCCGUAUCCGGACAACUUUGGAGCAUUCAGAACAGAGCCUAUUAUGUGGAUUGGCUACGCAGCUGUGGAUGAUCUUUCGGUCCCUCAGCCAGAUAUGCCAGGCACAGACGCUUGGAAGAAGGCCUAUACACCUGUCAUCAUCGGAUGCGAACAUUACGAGGUUAACUACACUGCCCAGUUCAAUUACACGGGCGGUGCACAAUUCAAAGACCCCGAUAAGAGGUUGAAAGACCGAACGCAAGCUGUCCCUGACAGGAACUACAUAUUCCCUACGGACGUCAAAAGAUACCGCCGAACGGCAGCUUACCAUUCAAUUGGAUCUAUGUUGAGAAGAUACCUGAAUGGAACCACGGUGAUGCCAAAUUACAACGUGAAUUCAGAGCUCCUAUACACUCGGCUGAUCACACCAGUAAACUACCUCCCAAUCAAGAACUUUCGGCAGGGCAUACAGAGUCUUUAUGAGGACAUGAUCAUUUCUCUCUUUGCAGAACCUUCCUUCAGCGCUGUAUCGUGGGCGGCGAAUGGGAAACCAUCUGGUAUUGCCAGGGGAGGUCCAUCAACGGCCUAUCCUUGCCGGCGUGAGAGAAUAGCGACUUUCUUUCACUACAACAUGGCCCAGCUUCUAAGUGUUUAUGCGGCGAGUAUAGUUUUGGCGGGCAUUGGUGUGUUAUUGGGGCUGCAGGCUUAUCUUGAGGAGGGCGCUAUGCGCGAUAUGAAGCCGUCCUCGAUAAUAGAAGCUUCGCGGGCGUCGAGUCUUGAUGUACUGGGUGCACGGCGAGGAGGGGGUGUCAAGAUUGGGUAUGGACUUGUUCAUGAAGAGGCUGGUAGGAGUGUGAGAAGUUUUGGGGUCGAAGGGAAUGUGCAGCAAUAG